GGUUUGCUUCACUUGAGCACCUUCCCCCCCGACGCCCGCAAUGUGGCUGCUGCGAAGCUCAACAUCAAUUCCGGCCAGUGCUGCUCCUUGGCCUCUUUCCUCACACAUGACAGUUUCCAAGCCAACUCAUGUGAUCUGUCGUUGGCCGGCAUCGCUCCACAAAAGUUAACUUUUGCAUGUCGCCAGCAAGACCAAAUCUGCUGCCUGUUUGGCAAUGACGGUUCUGUGCUGCUGCAGUGGCGCUGCGUCGGUUUGCCAAAGAACACGCCGUUAAACUGUUUCGUGGCGUUGCAUUCUCCAUCGGCUCCCCUGUCCAAUUUGGCGCCCGCUCCGUCAAACGGCUUCCGGCGGCCGGUGCGGGUGACACAGGCGCGCUUGCAUCAAGGGGUUGGCCUCGCUCGCGUGCUGCCGUGCCUGGACCUAUGCGGGGGCUUCUGGGAUCGACUGCCGCAGACUUGUCAGCACACAGUUUUGGCGUGUUUGUGUGCUCUUAACGAUCUUGUGACGUUCCUACAAACGCACAGAGCCGCUUGUGCCUUUCUGAUCGAUGCGAGUCAGCACAAUGCACUGGUCGCGUCUGUUUCCCCUUGCUGUUGCACGAGGCUGUGUUUGAACAAAUGCAUUGAAGCGCUGCUGUCCCAAGGUUUUCCGAUCCACAAGAAGUUCCUUUUGGGGUGUUUCAACCCGCGCUCCUUCCCUCCUCUUCAUCGAACAUGGCAAACUUUCCACUCUGUUGACUUUCGCCACGUCGUUCGGAUGGCUUCGCGCAUUUCCCCUUCAGUUUCCACGGCCGUCAUCGAGUUGUCGCCCGUGUUGCUCGGGCAGUCGCAGCUCUACUUGACAAUAGGCAUGAGCACGGGACCUCACCCUGCAGCAGUUGCUUGGCCACACCUCUUCAGCCUGCAGGCCCCAUUUUCCCAACGCGGGCUUCAGCUGGAGAUCCGAGAUGGGCGUUGCAACGGCGCGCGCUGGUGCACAGAAGUCGAGCGAAUGCAAAUGCACGCGCUGCGCCCCAUCGAUUUUUCGCGAUGUCAAACUUUCACCUUUGUAUGCUCUCCUGCAAGUGUUGCGCUGUUUGAUUCCCGUGGGGACUUGGUCUCGCUUUGUCCGCAGCCUUGGCCGGCCACAGAGUCGAAUGAGCUGAAAGGCUUCAUAGGCUUAAGGGGCGCCGCACCUUUGCCCCGCCCGGACCGGGACACCACAAUUAUUCAGCCAGUCUUGACUCAAGCUCGUCGCGAAGCCUUGCAGCUGCAGCCUCUGCUGCGUAUCGUCGGGCCACAUGUGUUGCACAUUGGUCCCUUGACAUUGACCGGCGGUGGCAAGGCGAGUGGAUCCAAAGCCGGCAGCCGCCGACCAACCGACCCGCGUUCCACCAAGGCUCACCGCCAAGACGUGGCCAUGCCCAAACGGGCUUUGAUCAUCAAACGCAAGUGGGCCGAGCUCAUUCUUUCAGGCGAAAAAACGUGGGAGGUUCGCGGGGAGCCGACCACGAAGCGGGGAAGGAUUGCGAUCGCACAAGCUGGUUCCAAACAAUUGGUGGGGGAAGUCACCCUGGCCGAAUGCUUUCUCAUCGGUGAGCAACCUUCACCUGGCAUUUGGGUUUCCACGGGCCCUCCUUCGCAGUACAUUUGGGCACCCGACAACGCAAACAAGCAUUGCAUUACUGACCAAUCGUCGGUGAACUACAAGAAAGCCUAUGCGUGGGUCAUGGAACAUGUGCGCAAGUAUCCUGCGCCGCGGCCGUACACCCACAAACUAGGCUGCAUGAAGUGGGUUAAGCUGGAUGGCGGUAGUGUGGCCCAAUUUUCAGCCGGCGCAACCAGCGCGGCAGGCAACCCUUUGUGGUGCGACGCAAUGGACUCCGACUCCACUGGAUCUGUUUCUGUCACCUCGGUUCCGGCGAUUUCACUGUCAGCGGCCCUCCUUCGUGACGAUGCUUCUGAUUCUAGUUCUGAUGCCUGGGCAGACGCGUCUUUGGCUUUUCUUUCUUCCAACUGCAGAGCUUCCUCGUUCUUUCAGGCGUUGCAGAACGCGUGUGGCUUGCGUUCUGCUUGCUUGGCAAAGACUUGCGCGCAGCUGGCUUUAACUUCGUCUGCGUGGCAUUGCUUCUUCUCCCAUCCAAAACGCUUUUCUUCUGAGCUUCCUUUCUCCUUCAUUCAAGACGUCCACUCCCACCUUUCGUGUGCGCCGCUACUGCUUUGGAUCCUUCCGGCCGGUGAUCUGCUUCUCUUGUCGGAUGGUUUUUGCGAGCCGUAUGAAGGCAGUGUUGUGGAUUUUCCAACGAUUGUUUUCAACUCUACCAAUGCUUGGUUCUUUCCCGUGGUGAUGACAUUGCGCCCCAUUGUUGUCCCAGCGUUGAGCUCUUGUCCCGCAGUCGGAUAUCUGCACCUUCUCGUUUUUGGAUUGGCUCCCACGCUUCUACCUCCGACGGAAAACCUUUUCCAUUGCUUCAAAACUACGCGCUUGGAAUGCGUAGGUCACUUGGAGACGCUGCGUGACACAGUAGCGUUGUCCAUUUGCCCUUGCAUCCUGGAAAUGGGCCAGCAUCUUUGUGGUCGGGGGCUCUCGCAGCUUGCUCUUGUGUUGGCUCCUGCAGAGCCUGUAGACCUUUUGAUCCUGGACAGCAACAAUUGUUUGUUCCACGUCUCCAGCUUCCACACCUUCCAGCGAAUUGAAUGGGGCGCCGCAUUGCUCCGGCUUAAGAACCCAAAUUGUUUCCUGUUCGUUUUCAUCCAUUCGACCAAGCAUUUUUUGCAAGCGCUCUUGCGCGUUCCAGGUUCCACUGAUCACGCCGAGGCUUGGCUAGGCCGGGCGCAGCCCACGGCUCAUGCAGCGUGCGUGGCGACCGUUCCAUUGAACCUGGCAGAACCCACGCUCACCGAGCGGCUCAGCCGUGAAGCGCUGACAGUUUUUACGCCAUGCGAGUUACUCACUUCCUCGCCAGACGCUGCCAGUUGCACAGCGGGUGCGUCGGGCCCUGCGCAAAUGGAAGACGACUCAGUCAAUGCCUGUAUAGCCUCGCCGGGCAAUUUGCUUCGGGGUACACCUGAAGACUUCAACCGAGCUUUUGCAGACGUGUACCGCAAAGAUCCAGAAAGAGCAAAGCUGAUCUCUCGAUACAUCCUUGCCGACCUUGCCCCCUUCCCACAUGAGCAGCUGAAAAAUGCCUUGCCGGACGUCUAUUCAAUGACAGACAACCUUACCCAAAAAGCGGGCUGCCCCUUUGAAUGGGCUUUCCUCCUUUUUCUACCCGUUCUUGGCACUGCGUGCUCCAAAGCCAGGCUGUUCAUCAACGAAUUUUUCCUCGUGCCGCCGCUGCUUUGGUUGGGCUUAUGCCUCGACAGCGGCGCCAACAAAAGCGGCAUCAUGACAGCCUUGGCAGACAUCGUCUCUGGCUUUGAAAAGGAGUUGCUCCAAAAGGCGCUGGACGAAGCUCGUAAGGAAGCGCAGCUGGCAGAAGAGGAGGAGGAUGCACACGGUGCGGAGCCAGAUGAGCCUUCGUCAAAAAAACGCAAGACCUCCUUGUCGAAAGCAUUGGCGGCCAUCCACAACAACAAGCCCGCCUUGUUUUCCGACGAAGGCUCGUUGCCCGCCAUUGGCAUGCAAAUGGCGCACAACGGGCACCGGGCUAUUGGAUUAUAUGAUGAAGGCCGGUUCCUUCUCCGAGCGCUGGCCAACGGAGAAGGUUCCGGAUUUAAUGAAUGGCAUGACUUUCUGGCCAAAGAUGGUGCCUUGGGCAUGCAAAGUCGGUUUCUCAUGUUUCACAGCAGCCCCCGCCUCGAGAAAGCAGACGCAGUCCUCGAACCUGCGGUGUAUUCCACGGGGGCUGCGCGCUCUCGAGGUGCGCCGGUCCUUCCAGCUUCAUUGCUCACCCAGUUUGUUUCUGUCCUCACAAGAAUCGAAAACGUUCACACUGCAAAUGCUCCUGAUUUUGAUGCGUCGCGGGAAUUCAUUCCAUAUUUCUUUGCCCCCGAUGCCUUGGAUUAUUUUCGAGAGCACUACGACGCCCAAGUUCUCACGCAAGAACAAUCAUACUUGCAGGACCCAAAGCUUUUCAGCCAUGCCGGCAAACUGAAAUCACUUCCCUGGCGUUUGGCUCUGUUGUUGCAUUCUUGGGCGCGUGCGUGUUCUGCCGCCGAUCAGUCAGGCACGGCUUGGAGCAGAGAGCUUUCUCGCGAAGUCGUGGAGCCGGCUAAAGCUAUUUUCGAUUAUUUGUCCUUGCAGUCUCAACUGCUCGCGCCGGGAUCCAACCUCGUCAGCACCUUGGACACGCACGACUUGCGCGAGCUUGCUGCGCAGAGGUAUCCGUAUCUUAUCACUUUGAUCGAAACCGACACUCUCCCAACUGCUCGCGCAGAAGCUGCCCCUGCCAAUUCGUUGCCGGAUGCUAGCCCGUCUUUCACUGUUUGGUGGGAAGCCCUUUCCCCGGACAACAAACUCUAUGCUUUCGUUGCUGCGCACUGGGCGAACAGCUUGGCGGAGUACGCAGAAUCCUGCCUAACGGUGACCGCGUCUAUCUCCAGUCUGUAUGCUGCCGACUUGAAGGUCCUGUUGCCGCCCGAUUUCGAUGUCCCGCGCAUGGAGCAGUGCUUGCAGCUGCUCACGCAAUACGCCACUGACGCCCGCCCUUUCGAGCACAGUGCCAAAAUUCUGAAUGUCAAAUCCCAGCGCGUGGCAGCCAAGCAGGUCCUGCUCCUCAGCUACUCUUGCUGCUCCUGCAGUCGCUCUUAUUUUGGACCGUGGGUUGAGGGCAAAGAUGCAACUGGUGCGCGGGCUAGGAUGCUAGUGCAAGACAACCCACGCUACUUCUGCAUCACGCAAAACAUCGUCUUUGCGACAGCUUUCUUGGACCAAGUCACCGACAUUCUGCUUCAUUGCGGCGGUUCUUUCCGAGGCAUUGUGAAUGUGCUGCGGCCCAAGCUCCACAUGAAAAUUCGAACGCUGGAGAAGCAUCUCCGCGAUUCGUGGCUGCAAUACUCCGUGUGCAAGUUUUUGACAAACAAUCGCACUUCCAUCAAUUGCUUUGUCGGCAAGAAUGGCAUGGAACCCUGGUGCCGUGGACUCGAAGACCAGGUGCUUCACCAAUUUCAGCGUCGCUGGCUCCUGCAACACCAGUGUUCCAAGUGCGAACGAGGCAUUCUAGGCGUGGACGGCAAUGCCAAAGUUCGUACCAAACUGUGCGCCAACACGGAUGCGGGCGUAUGGGAUUGCAGGCCUCUGAACGCCCAUUGCCUGACUGGAUGCCAGAGUGCUCCCAUUCCUGGUCGAAAAUAUUGCGCCGUGCACCUCCGAGAUGCUGACCCGAUUUUUGGUUGCGAUCUCAUUUUGCAAAUGAUCCUUUCCUUCCUCGCAACGACAGCAACCCUGCUUUCUCGCACCGAAGCUGGUCGCCACAAGUCGCCAGAUAUUGUCGCGCUUUUCCCGCUUUGUCGACGAACGCGGAAAGCGUUGAGUUUUGCUGUGAGCCACGCUAAGCUUCAAUAUCCAGUUUCGCUUCUUUCUGUCAAACGUAUUCCGCGUUCGCGGCGGUAUGCUUUCCAAACCAAGACAGGCCAAGCCUUUUUGCUAUCAAGCGCCUUGGUUCCCACGCACUACCAACAGCAAUAUGGUCAAUCCUUGUUGGAGCCCGUUUCACGAGAGUGCCAAUCAAAGCCACGCGUCGGACAUCAAGUCCAGUUCUCUGCGUCCGAGAAAAAUGACGCGUGUCGCCGGCAAUGGGAAAAAUCUCGUGCAGCACGGCGCAGUGGGGGCGUUUUAGCCGCUGUCAAGGAAUGCCAAAUCAUCAGCGCCAUCAAGCUCGUGUACACCCACGAAUCCCCAACAGGGGUCUACUUUUUCUUGGCUGAGCUGUUUGAGUUUCUGUCUGCCGGCCGCAAUGUCAAUUUGAAGACUGCCAAGCGGAAGACUCGCCUGCGAACACUUCAGCAAACCAUGCCGCUGGUCUUUUACGAUUGCGCGUGCACGUUGCAGCGCUUCAUGGCUUCCAAGAAACGACGCCGCAUGAGCAAAGUUGCUCGUACCCUCAGCCGGCUUCGCCUUGUCAUCGACAAGUUCCAUUUUCGCAAAGGGCACAGCGGCUGCAAGCCUGAUGGCACUCGCCCGUUUCCCAAAACGUGGCCUCAGACGCAUGCCUCGAGCUUCCCCAACAUUAAUGACAGCGCAGCUGAACAAUCUUUUGCGUUUGUUCGCAAAAUUGCGGUGGCGGCGCGGCGCAUGACCCCAGUGCGUGGCCUUCUCUUCCUUGCGUCAUUGCUGCACGCUCGCAAUGUACAACUCGAACUCAUGGGGAUCAAAAAGGCAGAACUGGCAGCGGCCAAGAAGCGAAAAUUCAUGGCGCGCCGCAACUUCCAGGAUGCAGUGGAAACGCUGCCAUUUCGACGACCAGCUUCGCAGCAGCUCUAA